UUCAGGAACAGUUGUUACACUGCAAUCACCAGCUUCAGGAACAGUUAUAACCCCACGAUCACCAGGUUCAGGAACAGUUAUUACCCCAAAAUCACCAGGUUCAGGUACAGUUAUUACGAUACAAUCACCAAGGUCAGGAACAGUUAUUACACUACAAUCGACAGGUUCAGGAACAGUUAUGACACUAAAAUCACCAGUUUCAGUUUCAAUUAUUUCCCUACAAUUACCAGGAUCAGGAACAGUUAUUAUGAUACAAUCACCAAGAUCAGGAACAGUUAUUACCCUCCAAUCAACAGGUUCAGGAAUAGUUGCUACCCUACAAUUAACAGGUUCAGGAACAGUUAUUACCCUACAAUCACCAGGUUCAGGAACAAUUAUUACCGUACAAUUACCGGGUUCAGGAACAGUUAUUACACUACUAUCACCAUGUUCAGGAACAGGUAUUACCCCAUGAUCACCAGGUUCAGGAACAGUUGUUACACAACAAUCACCAGGUUCAGGAACAGUUAUUACCCUACAAUGACCAGUUUCAGGAACAGUUAUUACCCUACAAUCACCAGGUUCAGGAAAAGUUAUUACCCUACAAUCACCAGGUUCAGGAACAAUUAUUACCAUACAAUUACCGGGUUCAGGAACAGUUAUUACCCUACUAUCACCAUGUUCAGGAACAGUUGUUACCCCAGAAUCACCAGGUUCAGGUACAGUUAUUACGAUACAAUCACCAAGGUCAGGAACAGUUAUUACCCUACAAUCUCCAGGUUCAGGUACAGUUAUUACAAUACAAUCAUCAGUUCAGGAACUGAUAUUACCCUACAAUUACCACGUUCAGUAACAGUUAUUACCUUACAACCACCAGGAUCAGGAUAAGAUAUUACCCUACAAUCACCAGGUUCAGGAACAGUUGUUACCCUACAAUUAACAGGUUCAGGAACAGUUAUUAUCCUACAAUCACCAGGUUCAGGAUCAGUUAUUAGCCGAGAACCGCCAGGUUCAGGAACUGUUAUUACCCUACAAUCACCUGUUUCAGGAACAGUUAUUACCCUACAUUCGACAGGUUCAGGAACAGUUAUGACACUACAAUCACCAGGUUCAGAAACAGUUAUUACCCUACAAUCACCAGGUUCAGGAACAGUUAUUACCCUACAAUGACCAGUUUCAGGAACAGUUAUUACCCUACAAUCACAAGGUUCAGGAACAGUUAUUACCCUACUAUCACCAUUUUCAGGAACAGUUAUUACCCCACGAUCACCAGGUUCAGGAACAGUUGUUACACUGCAAUCACCAGCUUCAGGAACAGUUAUUACCCCAGAAUCACCCGGUUCAGCUACAGUUAUUACGAUACAAUCACCAAGGUCAGGAACAGUUAUUACACUACAAUCGACAGGUUCAGGAACAGUUAUGACAGUACAGUCACCAGUUUCAGUUUCAAUUAUUACCCUACAAUUACCAGGUUCAGGAACAGUUAUUAUGAUACAAUCACGAAGAUCAGGAACAGUUAUUACCCUACAAUCUCCAGGUUCAGGAACAGUUGUUACCCCAGAAUCACCAGGUUCAGAAACAGUUAUUACCCUACAAUCACCAGGUUCAGGAACAGUUAUUACCCUACAAUGACCAGUUUCAGGAACAGUUAUUACCCUACAAUCACCAGGUUCAGGAACAAUUAUUACCGUACAAUUACCAGGUUCAGGAACAGUUAUUACACUGCUAUCACCAUGUUCAGGAACAGUUAUUACCCCACGAUCACCAGGUUCAGGAACAGUUGUUACACAGCAAUCACCAGGUUCAGAAACAGUUAUUACCCUACAAUCACCAGGUUCAGGAACAGUUAUUACCCUACAAUGACCAGUUUCAGGAACAGUUAUUACCCUACAAUCACCAGGUUCAGGAACAAUUAUUACCGUACAAUUACCGGGUUCAGGAACAGUUGUUACCCCAGAAUCACCAGGUUCAGGUACAGUUAUUACGAUACAAUCACCAAGUUCAGGAACAGUAAUUACACUACAAUCGACAGGUUCAGGAACAGUUAUGACACUACAAUCACCAGUUUCAGUUUCAAUUAUUACCCUACAAUUACCAGGUUCAGGAACAGUUAUUAUGAUACACUCACCAAGAUCAGGAACAGUUAUUACCGUACAAUCACCAAGGUCAGGAACAGUUAUUACCCUACAAUCACCAGGUUCAGGAACAGUUAUUACCCUACAAUCUCCAGGUUCAGGUACAGUUAUUACGAUAUAAUCAUCAAGUUCAGGAACUGUUAUUUCCCUACAAUUACCACGUUCAGGAACAGUUAUUACCAUACAACCACCAGGAUCAGGAUAAGUUAUUACCCUAGAAUCAUCAGGUUCAGGAACAGUUGUUACCCUACAAUCACCAGGUUCAGGAACAGCUAUUACCCUACAAUCACCAGGUUCAAUAAUAAUUAUUACCCUACAAUCACCAGGUUCAGGAACAGUUGAUACCCUACAAUGACCAGGUUCAGGAACAGUUAUUACCCUACAACCACCAGGUUCAGGAACAGUUAUUACCCUACAAUCACCAGGUUCAGCAUCAGUUAUUACCCUACAAUCACCAGGUUCAGGGACAGUUCUUUCCCUACAAUUAACAGGGUCAGUAACAGUUAUUACCCUACAAUCACCAGGUUCAGGAACAGUUAUUCGCCUAAAACUGCCAGUUUCAGGAACAGUGAUUACCAUACAACCACCAGGAUCAGGAUAAGUUAUUACCCUACAAUCACCAGGUUCAGGAACAGUUGAUACCCUACAAUCACCUUGUUCAGGAACAGUUAUUACCCUACAAUCACCAGGUUCAUGAACAGUUAUUUUCCCUAUAAUCACCUGGUUCAGGAACCGUUGAUACCCUACAACCACCAGGUUCAGGAACAGUUAUUACCGUAUAACCACUACAGGGUCCUGAACCACUUCGAGCAACCUCAUUCACCUGAAAACUGAACUGAUUCCACAUCCUAUGGACUCAAUCUCAAGGAUUCUACAAAUCAUUUUCUCGAUAUUGCUUAUUUUUGUUUAAUUAUUAUCUUCUUAUGUAUGUUGGUUGAACCUUUAUGGCAUUUAUGCAUCCUGUCAGCUGGGGAAGCUGUUUUAGGGCACGUUCCUUUUCGCUUUGACUAUGUUCAAAGCUCAAAGUAAAUUAUUAUGAAAGUAUGCUUUUCUCACCAUAUACUACCCUGAGAUUCAUUUUCUUGUGGACAUUCACUGUAACUACAGAGAAACACAAUCGAGUCAAUGAUGAACUGCGCACAAAGACAGGCAAACAACCAAUAUG